GGCAGAGGGGAGCAUAGGGAGGGAGGGAGUUUACUACUGACUCCAGCAGGGCUCCACACAUUCCGCGCUGUGAUUCGAUUCAGGUCUCAGUCUACAUCUACUCCUCUGUCUCUCUCACUCUCUGUCUCUCUCCCUCUCUCUGUCUCCCUCUUCCUGAACAUUCUGUGGAGUCAGAAGAACUGCUGAGUGUCAGCUCUAAACUCCUGCUUCAUUUCUCGGCUCACCUGAAAGUUCGUGUUGCUACCAUGGAGGCCAUCAAGAAGAAGAUGCAGAUGUUGAAGUUGGACAAGGAGAACGCCAUCGACAGGGCAGAGCAGGCAGAGACGGAACAGAAAGCAGCUGAGGAGAGAUGCAAGCAGCUGGAUGAUGAGCUGGUCAGCCUGCAGAAGAAACUGAAGCAGACAGAGGACGAACUGGACAAGUACUCCGAGGCUCUGAAAGACGCCCAGGAGAAACUGGAACUUUCUGAGAAGAAAGCUGCUGAUGCUGAAGGUGAUGUGGCCGCUCUGAACCGUAGGAUCCAGCUGGUGGAGGAGGAGCUGGACCGGGCCCAGGAAAGGCUGACCACUGCCCUGCAGAAGCUGGAGGAGGCAGAGAAGGCAGCAGACGAGAGCGAGAGAGGCAUGAAGGUGAUUGAGAACCGUGCCAUGAAAGAUGAGGAGAAAAUGGAGAUACAGGAGAUGCAGCUGAAGGAGGCCAAGCACAUCGCAGAGGAGGCCGACCGCAAAUACGAGGAGGUGGCCCGUAAGCUUGUGAUUCUCGAAGGUGAACUGGAACGAGCGGAGGAGAGAGCCGAGGUGUCUGAGUGCAAGGUUAGCGAUCUCGAAGAGGAGCUGAAGAAUGUAACCAACAACCUCAAGUCACUAGAAGCUCAGGCAGAGAAAUAUUCAGAAAAGGAAGACAAGUACGAGGAGGAGAUCAAGGUUCUCAGUGACAAACUGAAGGAGGCCGAGACUCGAGCGGAGUUUGCAGAGAGAACAGUGGCCAAACUGGAAAAAUCCAUCGAUGACCUGGAAGAAAAAUUAGCAAGUGCCAAAGAAGAAAACCUUGGCAUGCAUCAAGUUCUGGAUCAGACACUCCAAGAGCUGAACAACAUAUGAAGGCAAUGAGAAUUUCCUUCUGCACAGUGGAUUCGUUUCAUUUUGCGUCCGUAAUCUCAUUUGUCACUUUACCACCAAAAAACCCCAGUUGUUGGUGACUGGUGAUGGUUGGAUUCUGAAAAGCCCAUUAUUUUCAUGAAAUAUGAUUUUUUUUUUAAUGUUGCUUACGUUAUAUUUAACAUGCAUUCAAGUUAACCGUUGAACAACCCAAUUUCCCCCAUAUUUGUACAGCGUGUUACACUUACUGAAUGAGAUGGCCCCUUGAGCAUUAAAAGUGGGCAAGGUCUGCCACCUACUGGUCAAUCGACUUUAUCUUAUUUUUUAAGAAGGUCACAUGACGUCUGUUUUGCCGUUACUGUUCAAAAUGUUUUUUAUUCCCGUUACAAUGAGACCUGAGUUGAAGAUGCACAGAUAAAAACGAUUAGUUUAAGGACCAAAAAAGGAUAUGUUUAUUACCAAAUCACGUUUAAUGCCAAAUUAUGAGCCAAAAAGUCAGAACACAUAAAGUUUCUUUAAAUUCCAAUUCUUACUAGAGACGGUGUGUAUAACCGCUACUGUCUAUAUGUUGUCUGUGUCUGGAUAUUUGCAAAUAGUACAGGUCUUAGAGCGGAAAACGACGUUUUUUUAAACAGACCUGUAGAUGAGGCAUGAUGCGUUCCAACAUUGCACACACAGUACAAACCAAACUCAGAUUUCAG